AUGAAAUACACAGCAGGUCUUCUUAGAGUGGCAAAUGCCCGGUUGGUGAUUCUGAUGCUAUGCUUGCUCACAGGACCUGCACUAAAGAGGUCUGCUGCUCAGGCAUUAUGCCAACCCAAAGAAUUGAUAAUCCUCACCAAAAGUGAAGUCAUAAAGACUUUGCAAAGUUUCGACAAAGCCAAUGGGGAUAAUCUUGGCAUUUGGCACCCAGGCUUUCCUCUGCUGCACGUCAACCAAAGCUCUCCUCUACAGGGACCAAAUGUGCAAUGCAGCCUCCACUUCAUGACUCAGGGCCUGGAAAAAAUCAAGGAGGACCAGAAAACUGACCUGAAUCCCAAAGAUGUCUCACUUGACAAGCUUUUCAAAGAGACAAUUUUUCGGGUGAAUAUGCUUGCAAUAUGUGUGAAGAGUGUUCUUGGAGGGGAAUGCUCCAAUGAACCCUUCCCGCCCAAUAUGCCUAAACAUACAUUUGAAAAGAAACAGUGGAGUCACACUCUACUGAAAUCAGCAAGGGAUUAUCUGGCCUGGAUGCAGCAUAGGUUUAAACCCACAUCUGUAAAGGAAAGAUUUAAAUACUUAAGUGGAAGUCAGCAUCAACUAUAACACUGAUCUCUGUGCAUGAUGCAAAUGUAGUUACAAUUUAUGAUUCUUUUAAAGAUUUAUAAGAUGUGUACAUGGUUAUCAUUAAUACAGUACACACACAUGCAUUUGGGAUCUUUCUAGUUAGUUUCUUUUUACUUAGUAAGAUUAUAAAUCAACUGAUAAAUGGAAAUAUGACACCUGUAUGAGCUGCCUAAAGCAUGCUAGCUAAAAUUAGGUAGUUAAAUCACUUUUUAUUAAAAAAAUAUAUUGUCAACUCUUUAAAGUAGCUAUAAAUUAACAUUUUUUACAAACAUACAGUCACUGUUUUUGCUAUUACUCAAUGAGAUGGGUUGAUUCCACUUUGAUAGCUGUCCGUUCAAUUGUGAGGCAGUUAGCCUCCUGUUAGCUUAGCAUAAUCACUGAAGGUGCUUGCUUGCCAGGAUACAGCCAUACAUUUCCAGGAGUUUUGCUAAGGUAACUUCUAGUUGAGACUCCUUAUUUACUUCAAACAUGUCAUUUGUAGCAGUUCUGUCACCAAAAUAUGCCAAUAUCCAAAAAUAUGCUUCUGCUACAUGGAAGUUACAUAAAUGGCUUUUUUUUUUUUUUUUUGUUAAACUUGAUAAGCCUCAAGAACUGGCACGUCCCUAUGUGACAGUAAUUAAUCAACUUGCCAAGGAAACAAAUGAGAAGGGGUCUGGUACAUUUCUUAAUUAUAACAGUUUGUUUUCUCAGCCUUCACAGUGAUUAAUUGUUUUACUCUGGACACCUAUCCCUUGUGAGCUUGCUACACUGCCCGAGGUAGAAAGAGAAGCUGAUAAGAAUCACCUUCACUGAGUCGCCAGUUUAGGCUCCCAUCAGUGUAUUUCACAGUGAAAUUUGCAGCCAGAUGGACGGAGCAGAGUAAGGCUGAUAAGUCUGUCAGACUCCCAUCAAAGAAAUGCAAAAAAACAGCACUGUAAAAACAAGAUUAAUGCCAGUCUCAUCCUGGUCAAGUUAGGUGAUGAAUGUUUUUUCAUUUAUUGUUCUGAAUGGCCUUUAAAUGUGUCCUCAAAUUAUUGCUAAGAUCUUUUCACACGUUUCAUCCAUCAUC